CUCUUUCUCUCUCUCUCUCUCUCUCUCUGUGUCUAUCUGUCUGUCUCUCCCUAGGAUUUAUGGACUUGCCCUGCUAGUGGCACAGCACGAUGAGAGCCCAGCUGGUGUGCAUGGCACUGCUGGCCCUGGCCGCCGGCAGCCUCUGCUCAGAUUCAGAAGAGGAAAUGAAAGCAUUAGAAGCAGAUUUAUUGACCAAUAUGUAUACAUCAAAGAUUAACAGAGCAAAACUUCCUUCCUGGAAAAUGACUCUGCUAAAUGCCUGCAAUCUUAUCAACAACCUAAAUAACCAAGUGGGGGAAACAGCAGAGGUAGAUGAAGAAGAUCUCCUUUCAGGAGGACAGUUUCCUGCUGCUCUGGAUGGCUUCAGCUUGGAAGCAAUGCUAACAGUAUACCAACUCCAAAAAGUUUGCCACAGCAGAGCCUUUCAGCAUUGGGAGUUACUUCAGCAAGAUGCUUUCGAUCUAGAAAAUUCAAGCCAAGAUAAGGAAAUAAUGAAGAGAAAAAAUCCCUAUAUUCUGAAACGACAACUACAUGUGAACAAAGCUAGAAGACCUUACAUACUCAAGAGAAGUUCAUAUUACUGAUGCAGCAGAAGAAAAUUAUGUAUAUUUAGUUUAUAGGUAACUGUGCAUUAUGGUUAUCUUAUUUAAAAAUUAUACUUGUGUGGAAAUAUACUAUGGAAAAUCAUCAAGAUGAUAACAUAACUGUGUCUUUUUUGCAACUGUUGUUUCUUGAAUGUGAUUUUUUCCUACUUGAGAUUAAUUGGACCAAUACAUUUGCAAAUAAAUCUAGUUUCUAAGCAUGAUGUAUUGUACACAACUGAGAUUUCAAUAUAUUUGUUACAAUAUAGUGCUCUUCUUUUGUUUUAUGAAGCACCUACAUACACCGACUAAAUUGUUACUGUCCAUAAACUGUGUGAAAAAUCUCACAGUUUCUUAAUGAAACACCUAAACCCUCUGCAUGCAUGUGAGUUUUUGUGUACACUGGUCAGAAAUAGCCUAAUUUUCUCUAUACUGGCCCCUUCAAAUUAUUAGCAAUUGGGUCUAAGUAAGGAGGAAAUACUAUCAACUGUCUGUUAACUAUUAUCUGGCAAUUUCAAAUUUCAUGAUGUAGAUGAAUUUAACUUCUUGACUCCUACUACUCAAGGGUCAUAAUUUAAGAAAACUGUGCACUAAUAGGACUUAAAAAAAUAUGCUAGCAUGAACAAAGCCUGAUGUCCCUCCAAAUCCUGUCUAUCGCUCACUAAGUGAGGAAAACAGUUUAUUCAGUCAGGAAAUUUAUGAUGUUUAUUUAAUUCAUGUAUACUCAAAGAAGUAACUUUUUAAAGAUGAAAAAAAAAAAGUAAAAGCUGAUUCAUACUCAUCACAGUAAAAGUCACAACACAUUCCUAGUAUGAGAAAUAGAAACAGUCUGGAAAAAAUAUUCAGAAGAGGAUCUAAUGCUAAAACAGUUGAAACUUGUUAUUGAAAGGCAUUUUCCUUCUCUCCCUUUAACAAAAUUGAGUAACAACAGGCAGUUUCAGAUGCUAAAGAUAAUAUUGCAAGUCCAUUCAAAUGUGAAGAUCCCAGCAUGGAAAUAAAAGUGUACAGGUCAUCUGAGACUUGAACAUUUUCCAUCUCCCUGGCUCUGAUCCCUGCCUCAGACUUGGACUCACAUGACUCCAGGCUCUUUUCUGGAAGGAGGCAGUCUGAAAGAAAUGGAGGACACUAAAACUGUCAGAGUAAGUGGUUAGUCCAUGAUCCAAGUGGCAAGAAAGGGGAUCAGAUAGGCUGCUUUUGAAACCCUGAUUAUUUUCUGUUGAGUUAUUUCCUAGUGCAUUUCUGCUCUAACAAACUGCUAAAAAAUCCAAAUCCUCUCAUAGGUGAGAUUUUCAGUCAGUUAAUAUUAAUCAUGUGUAGGAAUACACAUAUAAACAGCAUGCCCAGUGGUUGUACUAACUUUGCUGCACAAGAGGGAUAGUUUUAUGCCGUAGAAUGUAUUUUCAUUUCAUUAAAGCUAAUCCUACUUCCCUUCCUCACUGCAAAUGUUAUUAAUCAGUUUGUUCGUUAAAUAGCCACUAAAUAACUGCAUUCACAAAAUGUAACUAAGCAUACACUAAUUACUAUAAUAAUCAUUAUGAUUCAAAAAGAACAAAGUACUUAGGAACAUAAGACAUCAAUGGCUUAAAUAGUCAAUUUGCUUAAGCUUAAUUAAGAUUCUAGUAGAUUCAUAGUCCUUAAAAUUUUUAGUGAAAGUGUCAUAGAAUUAGACUGGAGACACAGUAGGCUCUCAAGUAUCUAAGAAACACUCCCCAAAAUCAGCAAGCUUCAUAGUCCUGUUACAGGCACUUUGAAUUCUAUAUUACUUGUUGAUGUGAAAUUAUAAAGCAGAAAGAGUUUGUUCAAAAAAUCACUGUAGUUAUGCUGAAAAAAAAAUAGGAAUCAUCUCACUAUUUACUAGGCAACACACACACACACACACACACACAAAAAUGCUGCCAUGAUCUAUUCUUCUUCAUGCGCAGUUUGAGUAUAGUAAUUAAAAGAAUGUAGGAUAAGAAUGGGAGUAUCAUCCGAGAAAUAAUGCUAAAACUGAAGAAGAAAGAAACAGACGUUCACGAUUUAUUUUUCAGAAUUUUUAAAUAUUUAGGACUUAAGGAUCUCAAGUGUUGUUCUCUACAUACUCCACUGAUCUCUAAUGCCCCACAUUAUAAUUCAAAAUUAUCCUGAAAGUGCCUGUAUGCUAAUUCCUUGCAACAUAAAUAUGAAAUAGUCAGUGAAAAUAUAAUGGCUUGUGAUGACAUUUCAAGUUAAAAUGCAAUCAUUGGUGAAAAGCAAAACAGCACAUGAAUGUUGGAGAAUACACAAAAAACAUACUAUUAACACAGAUAGGCAAUAUUGGGAAGUAGUGUUUUGUUGUCUGAGGAACCUUCAUUGACUUGAAAUCUCCUUUCACUUCAAGAUAUUGCCACCUCCUGUUGAACACAUUGCUGUCAAUUGCAGCCAUUCUUCAGCUCUUAUUUUGGAUAAUAGCUGCAAAAAAAUAGGCAGGCUUAUACAUAUUUGCCCCAAUUUAGCAUAUUCUUUCCAUGGGAUCCUUAGGGUAUGUGUCUUGGCUUGCUUGUAAAAAUCAAUAUUGUAUUAUUGUAUCUGCAACAGCUAUGGGUGCUGAAUGAACUACAGGUCAGAGAAAGCACGCAUAAUAUAUUGUAAAUUGUAAAUACACAUAGCUUUUUCUCUCUCUCUCUUUUUUUUUUUCCUAGCUUUUUUUUCUCCUCGAGUUUAUAAUUAUCCUAAAUUUGAAAAUGUUUUUUUGAGGACCAUUAACUCAAAUUGUCACCUUGGCUUCUGGAAGCAUCACUUGAAAUGGAGAAUUUUGUUUAAAAAAAUCAAUUACUGAGA